GGCAUUUCCGCGGCGGGAGGUUGUGAGAGCGGCCUCUGUUCCUCUGGUCGGGGGAGGAAAGGAGGCUGUUCCUGGACUACUACUGACCUGUUUUUAAGAAAGAAUGCAUCACUCAUAGAUGGAGUCUGGGGUUGUCUUAAUGUGGAUUUUCCUGAACCACAGACAGUCUCCCAGCUUCCUUCCUUUCCCCUGCCCUGACUCCUGAAAGAAUGCUGCAGAGAGGAGUGAGUGAACUCAAGGCUUCAGUGAUAGAAACCAUUUACGAGGACAGGUUUAUGUUGCUGAAUGUUACCCGCUUUUCUGCAAAUAAGAAAUAAGGCUCCACCCUUCCCCAGGAGGAGGAGGACAAAAUGACUAAGUCCAAGGUUGCAGUGACCUUCAAGGAUGUGGCUGUGAUCUUUACUGAGGAGGAGCUGGGGCUAUUGGACACUGCCCAAAGGAAGCUCUACCAAGAUGUCAUGCUGGAGAAUUUCAGGAACGUGAUCUCAGUGGGAUACCCAUCCUUCAAGCCAGAUGGUAUAUCCCAAUUAGGGAGAGAAGAAAAGCUUUGGGUGAUGAAGAGGGCAACCCAGAGCCAUCACUCCUCAGGAGGCAAGAAUCUAAAUGAGAAGGAGACUCUUCAAAAAGUAGGAUUAAGGUACCUGCCACACGAAGAACUUUUUUACUCACAAGUCUGGCAACAAGUUACAAGGGAGUUAACCAGGUAUCAAGAUUCCAUGGUAAACAUUCAAGAAACUGGCUCGCAGUUGGAAAAACAAGGUGAUGUAUCCUAUGAAGAUGAGGCAUUCAAUAACCAGAAUUCACAUCUUCGAGCUCAUCACGGAGUACACACAGGUGAAAAACCCUACAAAGGGGAAGAGUGUGAAAAAAGUUUCAAUUGGGGCUUUCAUCUUCAAAUUAACCAGAGGGCUAAUGUAGGAGAGAAGUCUUACAAAUGUGAAAAAUGUGAUAAUGCCUUCCGUCGAUUUUCAAGUCUUCAAGCUCAUCAGAAAGUCCACAGCAAAGAGAAAUCAUACAAAUAUGAUGUAUCUUAUAAGGGUUUCAGUCAGAAGUUACAUUCUCGUCAUCAUCAGAGAGUUUCCAGUGAGGAGGAUUCAUACAAAUAUGAGGCAUGUAGAAGGAAUCUCAGGAAAAGGUCAUGUUGUCAAGCUUCUCUGAUAGUCUAUACAGGAGAGAAACCCUAUAAAUGUAGGGAGUGUGGGGUAAACUUCAGCCAGAAUUCAUAUCUUCAAGUCCAUCAGAGAGUCCACACAGGAAAGAAAUCUUAUAAAUGUGAAGAGUGUGGGAAGAGCUUCACUUGGCGUUCACGACUACAGGCUCAUCAGCGAAUCCACACCGGAGAGAAACCAUACAAAUGUGAUGCAUGUGGAAAGGGCUUUAGUUACAGCUCACAUCUUAACAUUCAUUGUAGAAUCCACACAGGAGAAAAACCCUAUACAUGUGAGGAGUGUGGGAAAGGCUUCAGUGUGGGUUCACAUCUUCAAGCCCAUCAGAUAAGCCAUACUGGAGAGAAACCAUACAAAUGUGAAGAGUGUGGGAAGGGCUUCUGCCGGGUGUCAAACCUUCUGGAUCAUCAAAGAGGCCACACUGGAGAGAAGCCAUAUCAAUGUGAUGCUUGUGGUAAGGGCUUUAGUCGUAGUUCAGAUUUUAACAUUCAUUUUAGAGUCCAUACAGGAGAAAAACCCUAUAAAUGUGAAGAGUGUGGCAAGGGCUUCAGUCAGGCCUCAAAUCUUCUGGCCCAUCAAAGAGGUCACACUGGAGAGAAACCAUACAAAUGUGGUACAUGUGGGAAGGGCUUCAGUCGAAGUUCAGAUCUUAAUGUUCACUGUAGAAUUCACACAGGAGAGAAACCCUAUAAAUGUGAGAAGUGUGGUAAGGCCUUCAGUCAAUUCUCAAGUCUUCAAGUGCAUCAGAGAGUCCACACUGGAGAAAAACCAUAUCAAUGUGCAGAAUGUGGGAAGGGCUUCAGUGUAGGUUCACAGCUUCAAGCCCAUCAGAGGUGCCAUACUGGAGAAAAACCAUACCAAUGUGAGGAGUGUGGGAAGGGCUUUUGUCGGGCUUCAAAUUUUCUGGCUCAUCGUGGUGUCCACACAGGAGAAAAACCAUACCAAUGUGACGUGUGUGGUAAGCGCUUCAGACAGAGAUCCUACCUUCAAGCCCACCAGAGGGUCCACACAGGAGAGAGACCAUACAAAUGUGAGGAAUGUGGGAAAGUCUUCAGUUGGAGCUCAUACCUUCAAGCUCAUCAGAGAGUUCACACUGGAGAAAAACCAUACAAAUGUGAAGAGUGUGGGAAGGGCUUCAGUUGGAGCUCAAGUCUUAUAAUUCAUCAGCGAGUUCAUGCUGAUGAAGAGGGUGAGAAGGACUUUCCUUCAUCAGAGGGUUCACACAAGAAAGAAGCUCUAUAAAAUUUUGUUCUAAUAUCUCAAGUGGGUGUUUAAAUAUUUCAAUUAUCAGAGCCAUAAUAGGAGACAAAGCAUUUGUUUCAUAAAAGAGUAUUUCAGCUAGACUUCCACAUGUCAUAGUGGACCACACAUCAGAGGAUCCUCAUAAGAGUGGAGACAAAGAGACUUCAUUCAGAAGCUUGAUCUUUACCAGAUACAUGGAAAUAAGAAGCUCAGGAAGGAUGAGUCUGAAUUGGUCUUAACCAGAAGUAUGAAGAUGAAAAUGCUAAACUCUAUAUUCUACUAAAAUACAGGUUAAAAAAUGAGAGGGACUUUACUGACUGCCAAAUCUACUCUGCCUUUUCAGUGCCUAAUACAUUGUAAGUUUUCAAUAAUAUUUAAAUUAUUCUCAUAUUUGCAAUUUUUAUUACAUUUUUUUCUAAAAGUUUUUAUAAAAUUGCUUUCAGAAGAAGAAUUCUGCAAGACUUGGAGGACAUUUAAGUUAUAUGGGCUAAUUUUCCCUUUCCUGCAGGCCCUAUGGACUAGUACUUAUCAAACUAAAGGUUACAACCCAUUAGUGGUUCCAGAAAUCAACUCUUUGACUUGUGACUAGCAUUUUUAUAUGCUAACAGUACUUUAUUGAGGGAUUUUUGCAUGCAGGAACAUGCAUAAAUCUCAAGUUUAUGGCUUCAUGAAUUCUGACAUGUAUACACUUAUAUAAUUAAUCACUAAGAUAAAUGUAUACAAUAUUUCUGUUGAACAAAAAAUCCUUUUCAUGCCUGUUCUCAUCAGUUCUAUCUACAGUACCAAUAUAUUAUGAUUUCUAUAUUAUAAAUCAAUUAAUCCAUUCCUGAGCUUCAUCUAGAUUUAGCAUAUACUCUUUUGUGUCUGGAUUCUUAUGCUUGAAUAUAUGAUUAUCUCAAUAGAUUUAGAGAAAGCAUUGGUUAACAUUUAGCUUCCCUUCGUGAUGAAAAGAUUUCUUAAGGUUAAAGGCAUUUAUGAAAAUCCCAUAAACUAACAUUCUUUUUUCAUAGUUAAGUAAUCAUCUAUAUACAAUAAAAAUGACUCUGUAGUGUAUCAUGAGUUUUGACAAAUGCUGUCUGUCGUAUAUCUGCCACCACCACAAUCAAGACAUGUAACAGUUCUAGCACUUUCUACCCUAAAAUUUCCUUGUUCUGUGCAGUCAACCCUUCUCCCCAUUGCCAGCUGUCGGCAAACAUUGACCCAUUUUGUGUUUCUAUAAUUUACCAGGGAUGUCGUAUAAAUGGAAUCUUAACAGUA